AUGUCCACAAGCAAAACCACUUGUGUAGAGCAACCUGCACCAACCAAACCGCUGUUCUUGUCAAUGGGUGACAUCACUCCAGAAAUACUUUGUACUUGGGAGAUGGGUUGUCACCAGUACUUCAAGCACAAGAACAUUCCCAACAAGGAGCAGGUUGGUAAGGUGGCAUGGGGCAUGCUGGAACCCUCUGUACAGGAGUGGUACCUUAAUGACCAAGAACAUCUCGAUGCACUUACGUUUAGGGAAUAUAUGGCAGAGGUUCGAGCCUAUUGGCUCCCUUCAGACUGGGCGGACAUCACGUGGCAGAAGUUGCUGUCCUCGACCCAAGGAAACAAGCCAUUCAAUGAAUGGGCAGUUGAAGUACAGGGUCUGAAUGCCCUUCUCCAUGAUACUCCCUCAUACCUGACAGAAUUGAACUUAUGCUAUCACCUAGAGGCACAUAUGCAUACAGAUCUCAGGACCAAAUACCAUUCUGAAGACAUUUUGGCCAUCAACGAGUUCCAUCCUUGGCUCAAGAAGACCUGA